GCACUUAUUAUUGUUUUAUGUAGUGACAUGCUUCCAGUCCGUGCUUACGUUCGCCCUAGUGAAUUGGUGAGAUAUGUCUGCUCUUUGUUAAUUCCUAAAAACAGUCCCUAAAAUGUUCAUUUUUCUGGUCUGAAUGUCUAAAAUUUUCAGCUCUCGCUCUUAUCGUGAAUUCUUACAAACAAGCCUUAGAAUUAAGACUUUCGAAGCGGGGAUACCCAAUGGGGAUUCCCCGGUGACCUCGUUGACAUCGAGCGGCUUCAUUACGGAGCUGGAUACGUGCACGCUCGCCUUUUGCUUGUUAUUGAAGAUCAUACCAAGGAGACAUGACCACACAACGUAACUGGUGAUAUACCGUCAUCAGUUGAUCACUGGGCAAUUGAUAUCUGAAAUUCUCUGAAGGACGGAAUAUAUUAAAUAAAUGAUAAUGGCCAAUCCAACCGGAAAAGAGAGAGAAAAGGCUGUAGCCAUCUGUUCGUCAGCAUCAAAGUCCAACAUCAAGGCUUUCAUCACAAUGGUUUCUAAUAUGAAAAACACAACAGUCAAAUUCAUUCAGCUACCAUACAAUGAUCUAGACAGUUUUCGGCUUUCAAGUGAAGGACUGGAUGGUGUGAUAGUCUGUCAUUCUAUCAACAAUCGUCGUUUUGCAAUCACAGACGUCAUGGAUGCACUCUAUGACAAGUUCUUGCCUCAUGUCAAACAAGUAUUUGGGAAAAGCAAUGUGUUUGUCAUCGCUCAUGACUUCCCUUGGCCCAUGAAAUCUGCCGGCUCUUCGACUGCAGACCAGCAUGCGAAGAUCAAAAGUAGUCACAUGGAGAGUUUCCGUGACAAGCAACCAACAACUUUCGAGUGUAGCCACCGGGCCAUAAUAUGCGGCAACAUGGACAAGCAAGUUGACAUGGACAAAGGUGACCGUGAACAACUUGAAGUCUUCGUGCGCCAGUGCAACGUUCAGGCUCAGAGCAGGGGGCCUAAACGCAUCGUAAGAGUUCAUGGAUUUGAAGUAGAUUUGAGUGAUCCUAAAAUUCUUGGCGGUCUAGCCGUGUGCUUAUUACUGUUAAUUAUCUUCUGGCGAUAUAUCAAACCGUUUCUGUAUCGUACCGUUGAGGUGGUUGCAUACUAUUUCUUUGUUUCCCUCUUUGUACCUGCCAUCUGCAGGGUAUACCAUGACCGCGGGAAGGGUCCUCAGGUAUUCAGAGAUGACAAGUAUUGGAAAGCGAUUCUAUCCACAUUGACUGUUGGUCUCAUUUAUACCCUGGUAAGAAUGAACCGCGCAGGAGGUGUGCUAGCUUUCCUAUUCCCCGUGAUACUUUUCGCUGGCAUGGUAUACCAGAGAUGGAAGCAAGGGGCCCGAAAACCAAAACUUCCGAGCCUCCCAUCUCGUGGAACUUUCCAAUGGUCAAAGCCACCAUUGUGGAAGUUCCCUUACCGAUUCUGGCGCCACUUUAUUAAUGCUGCCAUUGAAUAUGCUUACAGUUUGGUUUAGAUGUCAGCUCAUUCGGUUCGGUUAUAUUAAUUACAAAAAUAAUUACAAGUUCGAAGACUAACAAUGUGAGUUAACAUUUAAACAAGAAUAGACGAACAAGGGAAAACGAUACCAAUUACUUUAUUGAAUUUCGUGAAUCAAGCUGCAUGGUCUAUCAUCUAAACAUAAAAAUAGAAAUAAUUACAAAAGAAAUACAUUACUAGUAAUUGGAUUGCGCAAAGCAGAAUGAAUAUGGCCUAUACGUUAACAUUGUAGAUUUGGAAAUGCGAUAAUAAGCAUUUUUGUUCGAUUACGGGCGUUAUGUCUGUAUAGACCCAUGCACACCCUGUAAAUGUAGCUUAUAGACCAUGCAUUUAAAAAAGAAAGAAAAUUGAUUGACUAGUAUGAAAAUUUAUAAAUUUGCAUACUGAAGUAUGCAAAUAAGCCACUGAUAGAAUUGAAAACACAACUAAAUCUAUGUCACUUAUAUUUGUGUCCCAUGGUAUUAGUAAAUCUGUGGUUUGGACUGAUACAGUUUUUGUCUCGCCUGAACGAAGCUCGGCAGAGACCUUGUAAUCAUUUUUCCUAAUGGUCUGUUACAAAAAUGUUAAAGUUUUUAUUUAACUUGCUCUCAUUUCUUUAUUUCUGCAUCAAAUGUGUUCUUACUAGGUACAAAUUGAUCCUGGGUAAUACCACAUUUGUGGUGAUGAAAAUGGUGAGGUUAAAGGUCAUCUAUGUGUCAAAAGGUCAAAUCAUGAGAGGUCAUGUACAUCAUUUUUUGGUUACAAAAAUGUUAAUUUUUUUGUUUGACUUUAUAUUGCUCUUAUUUUUGUGUUUCUGCAUCAUUGUGUUCAUACUUGGUACUACUGAUCCUUGGGUAACGUCCUUGUUUAUAAAGAUACCACUCCUCAUUAAAUACGUGCUAUAUCAGUGAAAAAAUCUGAAGUGUUAAAACAAGAAUUGAACCAUAAGCUUUCAGCUGCUUUUUAGUACAAUCAAAAUAACCAAAAACUUGCUGUUGAUAAUUAAAUCCUAACAUCACGCAACAUAAAUUACGUAUGAUGCUAGUUAUGCGAUACACUUUUGAAUCAGCAUAUAAUCUAAAGUGUAUUUUUAGCAUAAUUAUAUCAGUUUACAAAGAAAACGCAUAGUGAAAGUAUCAAGUAUAUUCUUGUCUCUGCUUGAAUAUCAGUUUAAUUUCACAGUAAUUAUAAUUAUGAUAGCUUGGGUAAACGACAUACAGAUAUUGAAAGUAAAAUCUUGAAGAUUGUUCGAUGUGUAUUUUCAUUUAAUAACGUUUUGGUUUGAUUAUAUUUUAUUUCACAUUAUUUUAUUCUUCAUGAAUUAAAACAGAUAUACUUGGCAGGGCAUCAUGCAUUCUAGCACGCUUUUAUAUUGAUUUGUUUGUGUGGAUAUUAUUGUAUGCCUACUUCAGGCGCGCUGUGAACAUCAAAAUGUAUACAUGUAUAUAUAUGUAGUUCCCUUUGUACUAUAUCCUAGCUUAUUGUAACUUCGUCAAAUGUUUUUCUUUUUGAUAAACUUGCUGUUGAUUAAAAGUAACAA